CAACAACCAGCAGAGGCGACAAUGAUAUAAUGAUAUAACCCCCACCUCAUUUCCAAGCCCCCGUCUGUUUGCUCGGGUUUCUGAGUACAAAGCCGUUCAAAAUGCCCUCCGCCGGGGAGCUCAUUCUUCAGAACUCGACGAACGAAAUCGACAACCCAAAGUACAUUACCCGUUCGGAUAAAGAAUGGGCCCAUGAAUACGCUGGGAUCGAAAACAUCCUUCUCCACACAACACCGGGCUACGGGGGUAAUACAGUGCAUGCAACUUUCGACUCGGCAUUUCUGCCGCUUGACGAUGACGAAGAAAGGCGGAUGACAGAACCGGCCAACCCGCCUAAUGAGAGGUCGUGGCGGCUGGAAACGGAGGCCGACGUCGAACACUGGUGGCAUACCGAAGUUUCCGACGUUGUGCUCGCAGCUUGGGCCAGGUACCCAGGUAUCGUCCAAACCUGCCAUACCAAGCCACUCAGCGACGUCAACAUACCUGAAAAUGUGGAUGCAACGUACGCCAUCUACAUCGGAAAUCAGAGAAAGCCUGUGGUCAUCGGGGAGAUGAAACGGAACCUUAUCAACCGUCGAGAGUGGGAAGCUGGCAAUGUGACUAGCUCACAACAAAAGUUGGCCCGCGAACUUCGAGGGUAUGCAGACAGGUAUGAGUGUCCACAGAUGUUCUGUUGGGACGGCGAGACCCUUUUAAUGCUCCAAUUUCGAGCCACCAGUCCUUGGGACAUCAGAAGAGCGGAUUGUGCGGUUGACUGCUGGGUCAUCCCGAUCACGAAAUCCACGUGCUCCCUGCGGUACGCCCUAUACAGGCUGCUGGUUCAGGGUUUUCGCAGAUGCCAGGCCGCCGCCGCUGCCCGACCCAUUCAGGCGGACGGUUGACAACCGAACACCCCGAAGGUUAUGUUCGCCGUGUGGAUGGCGCCACGGGAGCAUUGUAUUGGAGCAAUGGGAUGGGAAAUCACGUCGUUUGGGAAACUGGUGGCUUUUGGUGAUUACUACAGGCUUUUAUUUAACACAGUCCGUUUUCUUCCCUCUCGCAGAAUGCCAGAAAAUCCGCUUGAUAUGUCGAG